AUGGAGGCCCCGCUCCGGCAGCACCGCGCUCGGUACAAGAGCCCGGCCGCGCCGCCCUGGAAAGAGACCUACCGCCGACGCUGCAUGGAGAGGCUGAGGAGCAGCCGAGCCAAGCUGCUGGACCGGUACCGCCAGGCCGGGGAGAGGGUCUGCAGCCCGGCUGCGGGCGCGCUGCUGGUGCAGGAGGUGAUGGAGACGGAGUGGCAGACGCUGCAGGCCGGGCAGCAGAGCCUGCCAGCCGUCGUGGCAACGGAGGCCCUGUCCCUGAUGCUGGAGGACCCUGAUGAGCUGGCAGUACUGGAGGAGAUCCAGCAAGAACUGAUCUUGCAAGAGCAGGCGGUGCUGGAGGAGUACGAACGCAGCCUGCGGUUCGACCAGGAGUGCCUCAACGCCGUGCUGGAGGGCUGGGAUGCCCCUGAGCAGCUCAUCUGCCCUGUCUGCAGGAAGAACAGCCUGACCGUGAGGAAUCACUUGGUGCUCUGCCAGUGUGGGUUGUACAUCAGCACCCAGGACAUGACAGAAGGGAGGCUCCGGUCUCUGCUGGAGAGCACUGUCACAGAGCACAGCCAGAGGUGCUCCCACAACCCAGAGUUCACUGUCACCAGGGGCAUGGAAGAAGAGGCAAACCUGCUGAUGAGCUGCGCGGUCUGUGACUCCUGGACAAUUCUCCUCUAAACUGCUCCAGCUGCUUUUUCUUUUUUACUGGAAGGACUUCAAGACUAAACCCCACCCAGAGCUGCUCUAUUUCUGUGUUUAUUUUUACCUGCUGUGUCAAAAAGCUACUUGAAGAGGCAGCCCUCUGCCUUGCCCUGCACUUUCAAUGGCACAGUGUCUGUUUGGAA